AUGGACCCCGGAACAGCUCUAGCUGUGGUGUCGCUCUCCUUCGACCUUUUGGCCAGCUGCGUUAGAGGCUUCACCUUGAUAUCUGACGCUCGAAACAUCGGAAAGGAUGCAGCCAUCGAACGAACAAAACUCAUGCUUCAAGAGCAUCGACUCAUUGAAUGGGCUAAGGUAAUCGGCCUCAACCCUCCCAGGGACGAUGGAUCACUGGAGAUACACAAGCAUCCCGCCGCUAUCAUUUUGUUCCAGUUAGAGCAGCUUCUCUCCUCAACGGACGCUUUAAAAAACCGCUACAAGUUGGAACUUGUGUCUCCGCCUAAUGGUUCUGAUGACUUGGUCCCUUCCGAACCGGCGAUCGUCUCGGAUAACCCGGCUUCGUCGAUCCUUUCGCAUAUUGUGUCAUCCGAGAUUCGCCAGGGCAUCCUCAAGCGCGCAUCUACACUGAACACCGCGAAUCGGUUCCCAAGGCGCCUUUAUUGGGACGCUGUCGACAAGAAAAAGUACGCGGAGCUGGUACAGGAUGUGACCGGUCUUGUCGAUGGGCUUUGGUCUCUCUUGGACAUUCCUCACCGAAUCCAGACGUCUCGCGCAGUCAACCAGACGCUGCAACUCGCGAUCCAAACGAGUGAAGAUAUCAAGGGUCUUCAGUAUCUCCAGAAAUCUCUACAAGACUCAUUCACAGAUGCUGGUGUUAAGAACAGCCUCGCUGCCUCGGCAGGCCUGAAGGCACAGCAUAUUUUGCUCACAUCACAUAGUGGUGAUACCCAGCAACAAGCGCACUCCGAUGAUGGGACCAGCCGUGUACUACCAGCAGAACUCCCAUCGGUUCUGGACCCUUCCCAGCUGUCUAGCAUUCAUAUGAUGAUAUCAACCAUUGGAUCUUCCCUGUACCAGGGAGACACCAUGCUGAUAGAAGAGAAGCGUGUACAGCCGAGAAUGAAAGCGAAGCUUAAACCACGUGUUGAAGCCCUCGUGGGUCUACUCUCGCAGUCUCCCACGCCAUCUUUUCUGACAUUCCCUUGCCUGGGAUACACUGAAGAGCAAGGGGGCUUCCGGUUGGUCUUCUGUUUCCCUUCUGGCACCGAGAAGCCUCUUUCCCUGCUCAAUGUAUUAUCGAAAUCCAGCGGACCACUGCCAGAUGUUGGUAUGCGACUUCGUUUAGCUGCGCAGGUGUGCCAGACGCUCCUGAGCUUCCACACAGCCGGCUGGCUCCAUAAAGACAUGCGAUCUGAAAACAUUCUCCUCGUCUCUCCGACCUCUAGCCCGUCAAUUGACCGCCUAAGUCGACCAUAUCUCUGCGGUUUCUCGUUCGCACGACAAGGUUCGCCGACCGAAAUCUGA